GCGGGUCCUGGGUCUUCUGUGGAGCGAGUGAUAAGAGGCGAGUCCAGGACUCCGUGAUCCUCCAUAAUCUCCUAGCGGCGUCUAGCCUCGGGACAACUGCAAAAGUGCCGGGACCUGGUGGUCGGGCUCUCUCUGCUCUUCCCUUUCUGCCUUGCCACUCUUGGGUUCGCCCCCAAGAUACAAAGAUCUGCAGGGACCCGAGCUGCGGAGCUAGGAUGGGAAACAAUGCCAUCCGCGCUCAUGUGGAAACCGCGCAGAAAACUGGAGUCUUUCAGCUUAAGGACCGUGGGCUGACCGAGUUCCCUUCAGAGUUGCAGAAGCUGACGAGCAAUCUCAGGACCAUCGACUUGUCCAACAACAAGAUCGAGAGCCUACCGCCUAUGAUUAUAGGAAAGUUCACUCUGCUGAAGAGCCUCUCCUUGAACAACAACAAACUGACCAUUCUUCCUGAGGAGUUAGGCAAUCUGAAAAAACUAGAAACGCUAAGCCUAAACAAUAAUCACUUGAGAGAGCUGCCAUCUACCUUUGGGCAAUUGUCGGCCCUGAAGACCCUGAGCCUCUCUGGGAACCAGCUGGGAGCACUACCACUCCAACUUUGUAGCCUGAGGCACCUGGAUGUGGUGGAUCUUUCUAAAAACCAGAUUCGAAGCAUACCUGACAUAGUGGGGGAGCUGCAGGUCAUCGAACUCAACUUCAACCAGAACCAGAUAUCUCAGGUUUCAGUAAAGAUAUCUUGCUGUCCUCGCCUUAAAGUUCUUCGCCUGGAAGAGAAUUGCCUUGAACUCAGCAUGCUUCCACAGAGCAUCCUUAGUGAUUCCCAGAUCUGUCUGCUUGCUGUGGAAGGCAACCUUUUUGAAAUAAAGAAACUUCGAGAACUAGAAGGCUAUGAUAAGUACAUGGAGAGGUACACGGCCACCAAGAAGAAGUUUGCGUGAUGUUCUCCAGGAGCAUGGGAAUCCUUAUAGGACACUGAUUUGGAACCUGUUGCAAUCUGGCUGAAUCAAAGGCGCGUGCUGUUGUCAAGGAUAUCUGCAGUGAGGAGCUGAUACUCCAGGAGAUUAUAAUUUCAUUUGAUCUUUUUCCUUUCCAGAGCUUAUCUCAAAUAAGCUAAAAGGAAUCUAGAGACAGAAAGAGUUCUCCAUUUUGAGUCAUGGAUAGGGCAAUGGACAGUGUUGAUCUUCAAAAUCAUCAUAAGUUUGGCUUUAAGAAACCAGUAGUAAGUUGCUAUUUAUACAGUGAGGGGAUGCUGCCUGGUAAUAGAAUAGCUCCACACCUCAGCUUGACAUUUCAUGUGUAAGCUUUUAUAAAGUCAGCUGCCAUUCCACCUUUGUGUUAACAUUUCACAUUUUUUUGAAAUUCAAAUAAUUUGUGAAAGGCUACUAUGGUUAAUCUAAGGAUCUGUGAUUUUAUUCCAGUCUAUCAGUUCAGUUACAGUAUUUAUACUUGGAAUUUAGAAUGUACAUAAAUAUGUGACUGUCCUGAUUGAAGUGUACUUUGUCAGAGAAGCACCAAUACAACACUAAGAGAUGUUCCCCAAGGCUGCAGUUGCAAAUUCUUUAUUGCAGGUGCCUUAUUGGUAGAGGGCUCUGAAGAGCUAAAACCAUAUAUGCAAAACUUGUACGAUACAAGGGGUUUUAAGUAUCAAGAUUUUCCUGAAGCUUUGUUAGAAAUAAUGUCUCAUUUCUGGUAAUCCUUUUUCCUUUUUGUAUUUAUAAUUCUACUAAUCAAAUUACCUAUCAAAAAACUACAACAAUAUUUUAAAACCUAUGUUUAACAAGUUUAUUCUCUGAAUGAAAGAAUAUACUAAAUAAAGAAUUUGUAAUAAACUUUGGCUGGAAGAAAGGUUAAUCCUUUAAAAGGAAGACAUGAGAACUUUAACCUAUAAAUGGCCCCUUAUUUGAAAAUAAACUGAUUAGAAAGGAGUUUCAUUUUUGGGCUGCAUGAGUACUGUGAUGCCUUCAUGUGACUCAUAAACAUUUUGUGGUAUCGGACCCAUGCUUACUAAGAGAUACUGAAGGUACAAAGGUAUUAUGUGUCAUGUAUUGACAGUUCUCAUUUUACAAACCUAGUUUCACCUUUAAGUCAAGAGAUCGUAACAGGCUAGUAUUUAAUAUAUAUGAGGAAGUCUCCUGACCUUAAAUCUGGUCUAGGUAUUCUUUUUCCCAUGUUAUUUUGUUUCUCAUUUUGGGGAGGGACAGGGGUGUCAGUUUAUCAUUAUUGAGUUUUUAAAAAUAAACUUUAAUGUUUAAUCUUA